UAAACCUCCUGACGAAGAAGAACGCGUGUUUCUGCUAGCAUGGCGGCCAAGAGGGUGAAGCGCGUGGCAGCGGGACAGCCUGGAUUUCUGUCGUUUAAACCACCGUCCGAUCACGAUGAUUUGAGCAGUGGGCGAAGGAAGCGCGUAAAUAAGAACAAGAAAAAGAACUGGAACAAACACAGCGACAUUCAGGAUAUCGAAGAGUUUUUGGAUGAUGUGAGACUUCAGGAAAGGGCCACUGGAGGCCUUAUAUCAGAGAAGUCCGAUGAAAGUCUAUUUUUCUUGGACGUUGGAGAACAGAGGAAACCUAUCCAAGAAGAACCAGAGGAGAAGGGGAGGGGGAAGAGGAGGAAGUCGAAACCCCUGAGGAUAGACCUGAUUUUGCAGCAUGACUCCCUCGUUCCUGCACCCAAAGAUAUCUUAGCCUACCAGCAGCCGAACGCCAAGAAGCUGCGGCGCACUGCGGAGAGACUCGAGCAUCUGGCCGCCAAGGGCAAGAUUCCACGGAGGCAGAAACGCCUGUUGAAUCGCAGAGCGGUCACGGCGGCAACGGCAACCAAGAAGCAACCAGUGGCCAACAACCAUCCUGACAGACCGUAUUACGACCUGUGGGGGGCUGAAGCCAUAGAGACCGCAGAUCCUUAUUUCCUGGAACAGACUGGCAAGAAACGCGUCAAGAGACCAGAGAAGCUGAACGAGAAGCCGUCCACCCUCCCUGCUGUGGAAGUCAUCGCUCCAGGAGGCUCCUACAACCCCGAGUUCUUCUCACAUCAGGCCCUGCUGCUGGAGGCCCAUGAGGUGGAGGUGAAGAAGCAGAAGCAGGAGCUGCGGCUGGAGAAACAGCUGGCUGUCAACAAAGAGGACACCGCCACAGAGGAGACAGUGUUCCAGGAGCAGGUGGAGGGCCUUCUGGAGGAAGAGGAAAGGGAGGAGCCAAACGAGGAAGACGAAAUGCCUGUGGGGGCGGUGCCACAGGAGAAGAAGACAGAAAAGCAGAGGAAGAAGGAGAGGAUGGAGAAGAUCAAGGAGCAACAGCAGCAUAGCCUGCGCACCCUGACUGAGCGCCACCAGCAGCUGUUCCAGCUGCGCUCCAUCCAGGCCUCCCUGAAGCAGCGGGAUCACACCACCAGGGAGAGGCAGAAACGGCGACGUGCCAAGAUGGAGGCCCAGAAGUCUCUUCCCCGACGCCUCGGCAGGCUCAAAUUUCAGGCCUCAGACCUCGAUGUGCAGCUGAGUGACGAGAUCCCAGGCUCCCUGCGCACUCUCAAGCCAGAGGGCAGCAUCCUCAAAGACCGCUUCAAGAGCAUGCAGAAGAGGAACCUAAUCGAGCCCAGAGAGCGAGCCAAGUUCAAGAGGAGACACAAGCUGAAGUACACAGAGAAGAGGGCUUUCAAGGAGAUCACUUAAUCCCCUCCACCAACCAGUCAGACUGCUCGGCCUGUGAUGUCACUGCCCCGCCCCAUCCUCCUACCACCACAUAUGACACUCAUACUAUAUUAUCAGCCCAACUUGUACAAUUAAAACCUAUUUUAGGCCUGGUAAACAGUCCUGAUGUAUUUAUCUGAAGUGUCUGUGAGCAAGACGUGUCUAACUCCAGCUUUAGCUGCUCUGUUACCUUAAAAAAAAGAAAUUGUGUAUCUCCUUCAUCUAGGGGGUAACCUCUGAGCUGAAACACUUGGGAAGAUGAGGGCAUGUGCUGUUGGGCCUGGCUUUCUCUCAUCCAGUCACAUCAGAUCAGUGUUUAUAUACUCAGACAGGAGGGAAGCUGGGCUCCAGCUUGAUUACUGAUAGGGAAAUCUCUGGUCCUUAACUUGACCUCAAUUUGUGCUUCAGUGAUGUCACAGACUGGCAAUCCAUUACCCAGGCUGCUGUUACCACCGUACCAGAGCAGGUCUGACUAGGUCAGGUGUCCGUUUGGUGGUUGUGACGGGGCAGCACCAUGCAUUCCCCAGAGGACUCUUGAUUGCUGGAGAGUCAAAGCAGGAUGUCGCCUUGCCAACGUCUGCCUGAGGGAGAGCAGGAGUCCCUGAGACGCUCCUAUCACGUGGCUCCUCACCAGUCAUGUCGCUCAGCACUGGCUCCUCCUCCAUCCUGCCUGGCUCCAACCCAUGUUUUGUUGGUCCCCUCUGCUCUGUUGGAGAAUAAGCAUGUGCCUUCCUCCAAUCCCGUGUGUGUGUGUGGGAGAUGAGGGCAGAGAAGGGUUAGUUGGGUGUAAAGGACUUGUAAUCCUUGACUCUACCCAUGCCAAGCUCACAUUUGGUGGAGGACUCAAGGCAGUUAAACCAUUGGACCCAACAUGGAGUCUUCAUUGUUGAAUUUACAUGGGUUCUAUUGCUGCAGUACUUUAACUGCAGCAAUAUGUUUUUGAAAAUAAAAUAAUUGUUGAAA